CUCGCGUCGAAGAGGAGACAGCUCAUUACCAUAAUAUAUGGGCACCAAUCACCCCGGGUGCAGUAUUCAACACUAUUCGAUACCUGCAAACCGAUCCGCCGAUGUUUUCAGACGAACAGAAACUUGAUGGCCAUUUACAACUCAGUACAUGAUUAAAGGAUGGAAAGACCGUCUAAGCGGCCUCGCUUGUCACUACCUGGGGAUUCCGAACAGUUCCCUGACGAUUUCGAUGUACAAGAAGCCCGUGCUCGGAACGACCUGCGUCUUAAAUCUGUCUUCGAGAGCAUAUUCGAGAAGUAUGGGAAGGACUUCACCGAUGUGGGAGACGAAAUAGAUCUACAGACCGGCAAGAUAAUCGUGGACAAUGGUCAUCUGUCGAAUCUGCAGGCCGAGGGUGACCUUGGACGGAUUGAUGAGCCUACAUCCCACGUGGAACAGCCUCUCUCACCCGUAUCAUCUUCUCUCGACUUUCUGCCCAACGGUCAAGAGCAUGACGUGGAUAGUGCCUCUGGUGAAUUGGAAAACGAUGUCUCAGUGAAUGGCGUUGAAGAGUUGUAUGAAGCGACCGUCCAUCAAGAGAGGGGAUUCCCGCUUAGCCUCUCAAACAACGAGAAUACGUGCGCUGGCGCCUUCUGUGAGGUUCAUGAGCCUGAGUCAGAUCAUGUCACAGAAAGCGUUCAUUCACACAUCAAAGGCCUUCAAAAUGGUCUCUUGGGGAAGCCCUCGAAGUUGUCUCUCAAGGACGCCGCAGCACUAACGGAAGUCACGAACCUGCCCAAAAGUAAAUCAGCUCUAUCACCCGAUGGUGUCUGGGAACGACAACAAAACAUAGACCCAGUGUGGCAAGUACCUGAGAUUGAAGCAAAGUUCUCGACACCCACAGUCAGCAAAAAGAUGUCUCGUUCUCCAAUGCCACCGCAAAGAGCACGGUCAGCGUCACCUCCAGGGGCUGGCUCUAUCUGGGCACUUCCUACUCCCGGCCGGAAGCGGAAUACAGAUAUUGCGAAGAAGACCAAAAAUGUGGUCGGCUUUGACAAGCCAAAGCGCAAGCGCAGUUCUACGUCCAAAAAGAAAGACUGGAGUUUUGCGGUUAUUCCAGACUCGAGUGAUUCUGAUGAUCCUCUACAGGAGGAUUAUCAACCAUCACCUACGUCAAGGGCUCCAUCAGUUAUCAGGGCCAGCAAGCUUGCCCUAACUGCCCCAGAAAUUGAAAAGAGCAGCUCUAUGGAAGAAACGUUUGCUAUCCUUGACACUACUGAAGAGCCCAAUGAGCCGCUACCGUGUAAUGGCUCUAGCAGACUACAUGAUUCAAAUGCAGAACGAGAGCAGCCAUUGAGUCUAGAUACAAGCAGUUUGGCGGAAUCUGGACCUGGAGAACCACCUGAUGAACCUCAAGGCCCUGAAGAACUUGAAGAGCCUGAGAAACCCGACGAGCCUGGCAAAUCCCAAGAGCCAGAGGAAGAUCGGGAACCUAUUCUCCUGGAGAUUACCAAUACAGAAAUAUCCCAGAGUUCGGUACAGACAAUGGUCAAAAUCAAGUCCCAGAGCCCGGUAAAAGACAAUCAACGCUCGAGCAGAAAUCCUAUCACUCCUGAUGAGGCCAGGAUCAUUAUGAGGAUGAGACACGUCGAAGGGUCAAGUUGGAAGGAUAUUGCUGCUGCUAUGCCAGGAAGGACUGCCUUCCAGGUUACUCAGUGGAACCAUAUACAUUGGCAAAACAGGAAAUUAAACCCGCCCAAGUCUUCUGAGCCUUGGUCAAAUGAGGAUCGAAAGCAACUAGCUAGGUUCAAAGAUGAGGAAGGCAUGUCAUGGACUGAUAUUCAGAAGGGAUUUCCCGGCCACACGAAAGCAGAAAUCGAAUUCGAGCUCCUGCGGCUUUGGAUAGGUGGUGCCACAGAAACGGACCACGGCAGUGGGCAUCAAGAUACAAAGAGUCACGAUGACCUCGGCACACAUUCAGUCACGACAAUCUCUCAGGUACCCCCACCUGCCAACAUUGCCAAUAAGGAGAAACAUCUCUUGGCACAUACGCAAAAUGACCCAUCGACACCACAAAGACAAAAACGUAGCACGUCUAAGCGUCCAGACUCCACAUACCUUGACUUCGAAGACUUGAUAGAAACGGGCUCUCUGGCAGAAGACUCCGAUGGCCUCCAAACGUCGGGUCUCUCCUCGAUUCAGCUGGAUGCCAGGGAGAAUGGAGGCAGUUCAGCCCGCUUCAAGAGAUCGCCAUCGAAGAGCCUGGUUUCGCCUCUGGCUAAACGUUCUAGCCUGUCAAACUCGCGGCGUUCGGUGUUUUUCUAAUAACCGAUCCGGCAAUUUACCGGCGCGAUGUUACCUCCGAAAGAUGGCUUCGGCAUUAUAAGCAUAUUCAUCGCCUCGUCUUUUUUAAUCACUCUUGCAUGCUCCAGCGAUGCGCUGAAAUGGCAGCGUACCUUGUUCAUGGCUCUUCCUUCGCAUUCAGGACAUCCUCCAACUUAGUAUCGACUACACCGCCAACGUCCCCGGCCUGGGCCCAGAACCUUGAUAGGUGCCUCGAGCCGGAAUCUGACAAGAUUGUGACAAUCCUAUGGCCCGGGCCCAGUUUCUGGGCAGUCUUCACUGCCGCAAAACCUAUAUUUUGGAGUAUAUCAUCUCAGUCAUCUUUCCCUCACAAUGUCACAAUAUAUAACUUACAGUUCACCGCGCUGCUACUCCCGACAAAGAUGCCGUCUUUCUCAACCAACCACCUAGCCAUCGCCAAUGCCUGGGCAUCGGUGACU